UUCCUUAACUUCUAUUACCUAUAUUCUUUUAAAAAAACUUGUGAAGAUAGAUGCUGUGAAAUUCAUGCUAAAAAACCACACGAGUGAACACUUCCCUUUUCUUGGCAUCAGUGACAGUUACAGUCUCAGUGACUUCAGGUGUCGAACAACCUUCUACACAGCGCUCACUCGCCUUCUGAUGGUAGAUCUAGGCGAAGAUGAGGAUGAAUUUGAGAAUUUCAUGCUACCUCUUACAGUUGCUUUUGAAACAGUAUUACAAAUAUUCAACAACAACUUUAAACAAGAAGACGUAAAGCGUAUGUUGAUCGGGCUGGCAAGAGAUCUUCGAGGGAUUGCCUUUGCACUGAACACAAAGACCAGCUACACCAUGCUGUUUGACUGGAUGUACCCAACAUAUCUUCCCAUUCUUCAAAACGCUGUUGAACGGUGGUAUGGAGAGCCAGCAUGUACAACUCCCAUCUUGAAACUUAUGGCAGAACUGAUGCAAAACAGAUCCCAGCGUCUGAAUUUCGAUGUAUCAUCUCCUAAUGGAAUUCUUCUCUUCAGAGAAGCUAGUAAAAUGGUUUGCACUUAUGGUAAUCAGAUCCUGUCCCUUGGGAGCCUCUCAAAAGAUCAGAUUUAUCCAAUGAAACUCAAGGGCAUCUCCAUCUGCUAUUCAGCUCUCAAGUCUGCCUUGUGUGGAAAUUAUGUCAGCUUUGGCGUCUUCAAGUUGUAUGGGGACAACCAUUUUGACAAUGUACUCCAGGCCUUUGUCAAAAUGCUGCUGUCAGUGUCCCACAGUGACUUGCUACAAUACCGGAAACUGAGCCAGUCUUACUAUCCACUUCUGGAAUGUCUCACUCAGGACCACAUGAGCUUCAUCAUCAACUUAGAGCCUCCUGUACUCAUGUAUGUUCUCACAUCUAUCUCAGAGGGACUCACUACUCUUGAUACAGUUGUCUCCUCCAGCUGCUGUACCAGUUUAGACUACAUCGUCACCUACCUCUUCAAGCACAUAGCAAAAGAGGGCAAGAAGCCACUUCGAUGCAGAGAGGCUACCCAGGCUGGUCAGAGACUAUUACAUUUUAUGCAGCAAAACCCAGAUGUCCUGCAGCAGAUGAUGUCUGUCCUCCUGAACACCAUUGUCUUUGAAGACUGUCGGAACCAGUGGUCAGUAUCCAGGCCUCUCCUGGGGCUCAUCCUGCUCAAUGAGAAGUAUUUCAGUGAACUGAGAGCGAGUCUGCUAAGCAGCCAGCCUCUCGCCAGGCAGGAGGUCCUCGCCCAGUGCUUCAGAAACCUCAUGGAAGGAGUGGAGCAGAAUCUGUCCAUCAAGAACAGAGACAGGUUCACCCAAAAUCUGUCUGUAUUCAGAAGAGACGUGGCAGAGGCUCUGCGCAGUGACGGCAGCACUGAACCAUGCAGUCUCGACAUGAUGAGCUGACCCGAUUUUUCUGACCAUGUGUGGAGCAGCCUUUGUCAAGAGAGUCCUGAAGGUCUGGGUCUCAGGACAGUGAUGUUGGCUAGCCCAGGGGAAUGUAUUUUUCAAAAUAUACAAGCAACAACAAAAGCCCUACCUUCUUCUAUGUCUAACCUAAUUAUAAGAAUUUCUAAUAGUACACAGUGUAAAUUCAGUCUUUUCUCUGAAAAGCAAAGGAUGUGUUUUCAGUCUUUCUAUCAAAUAUUAUGUUUGUUCUCCUAAUGCUCUGAAAGGAUAUGGAAACAAUAUUUAACCAAAGAACAGAAUAAACCAGGUUUGCACCUAAGUGUGUACUAGUUUAUGGUUCUGCAAUCAAGGUUGUCAAUUUGUUGGAGAUGCAGCCUUCACCAUGGACUCUGGAUUGAGAUGAAUGCCACUGGAACCUGUUAAAUGAGUAGUUUGUUAUGUGUCUGGAAGAAGCAGCGUUAGGGACUUUGGGCUGUGAGCAUUUAGAACGAGCCUGGAAGCACUACAGAGCAUCCCACAGGACCACACGCAGGCCUCCCUGCCUCAGCUGCAUCUGAUAAAGUUGAGAGACAGUAACACAAUUAAAUGACUUACAAACAAUGUUUGCUUUUCACUGGCAUAAAUCUGAAGUGGUUCAGUCUAGAAGAAUUAAGCUGUGCAAUUACUGCCUGCAGAGAUAUUUCUUCAGGAGGAAUCAUGUAGCCCCAGUCAGGAGUUCUGGGUGGUGCCAGCAUCCAGUCCUCUGCCUCCAUUUAAUUUUUAAGAGAAGGUGAAGGUAACUAUUAGAAUAUAAUAUUUGAAGCAGCUCUGCCUUCUUAGGGCUACCCAAAACAGUUCUAGGUGCUAAAAUUCAGAUUUUCAGAGGAUGAGAAACAGCUGGUUUCCAACUCUCCACAAAAACUCUUAUUACUGUUGGGACUUGGGAUUGCGACUUAACCCAAACCCAGAACAUGAAGACGACCUUCACAGUUUGUGCUACACUGUUACUAGGCUAUUAAUUUGAGAUUGCCCACUGUCAAGUGUUUUACUGUCUCACUGCUGUUUUUAUGAUUCUGGCUUACAAUAAAUAUUGUGUCCUUUGUUUCUGAUAAGACAUGAAAGGUUGGCCUUACUGUUGAACAAGAAGUAAAUCCACAGGCUCCUGUUAUAAUCUCAUUUCUCAGACUUGUGUUUCUUGAAACCUUUCUGGAUAGUUGAGUUUUGCAAUAGGCUUGUCAUAUAAAAGCAGAGUCACUCAAAUUUAUCUCAAAAUGUUUGUCUUCUGUGUCUGAAGGAAAUGAGGGGAAAGUACGUUACAUAUGGGGUUACUUCUAGUAUUCGAUGGAUAAAUAAGCUUUGGUCUUACACUAUGUUUCAUUAGAAAUGGGAUUUAUAAUUUUCCUUGAGAAGGUGAAUUCUGAAUUCUGUAAAACAUCAGCUGUUCAGAGAAGUUUGACAUGAAUUUCUGUUUCUUAAAGGCGUAUAAGUGCACACUCACCACACAGAAAUGUGUUAAGAAAGGUUUGUCCCAUUCUGGCAUUCUUUACAGAUGUCCAGUAUCUAAAAGCACCAUAUUGUUUGCAUUAAAAUGUUCACCAGAAAAUGA